ACCCCGUCUCUGCCUCCCGUAGCGACAGCAGCAGCCAGCAGUGGGCGCUGGGUGGUUGCCCUCUCCUCCUCCCCCUCCACCACCCCAUCUUCGACGGCAAACCAGCGGGACUGCUAGUGUUGGGCGGAUCCUGGGGCCGUGAUACGGGGAGGUCCUGGCCGGAUCUCGGUGGUGUCCCGGCUCGGAUCUGAUACGCGGGGAUGGAGGGUGAGUGCGAGGAAGGUGCGGCAGCGAAUGGACUUGGAGGGGAGGAAAACAUCGUCGUCAAGGCCCGCAAGGAGGACGUCGCCGUGGCCGCGCCGGUGGAUGUGGAUGGUGGUGAUCACGUGGAUCUCGCUGACGGGGAGGCGCUGGUCGGAUCUGCAACCGCGGUGGCAUCUCCCGAGGAGCCGGCCAGGGCGCCUACCAAGAAGGUUGGAUCUGCGGACGCGAGCGGGAGGAAGAAGGGGAAUGUGCUGAACGGCAAGGUGGUGUCUGCCUCGGCGGCACCGCGGGGGAAGAAGCCCGGUCUGUCGCAAAGCGCCUCAUUCCCGGCGAGAGGGACCACCGGCGUCAGGAAGGGUGGCGCUAUGACCUCCCUGGCAAAGCAAGCCAAGCCAGAGGGGAAGGGUGCCGUGCCAAAUGGAACUGCAGCGUCCUCGGGACGGGGCACGGAGAAGAAGGGGAAUUUGGCUCAGAUGCCUGCCACUCAUCAAUCCAUGCCUGUGAAGCCUGAAUCGGUGGACUCAACUCCAAACGACACUUCUUCUGAAGUCCAAGAGUCAAAUGAGAACACUGCCAAACCUUACAGGCAGUCAUUUCCAACGAAAAUGGAGGACGAUGUGCACUCCACUACAUCGAGCACGAAUACUCAACGCAGGAAUGCUGCUGCCUCUGGUUUUAGUUUCCGAUUGGAGGAGCGUGCUGAGAAGCGCAAAGAGUUCUUAAAAAAACUUGAGGAGAAAAUUCAUGCCAAGGAGAUUGAACAAACGAAUUUGCAGGAAAAAUCUAAGGAGAGCCAAGAGGCCGAGAUUAAAAGGCUUAGGAAGAGCCUGACAUUUAAAGCAGCACCCAUGCCAAGCUUCUAUAAGGAGCAGCCUCCUAAAGUUGAGUUGAAAAAGAUUGCACCAACACGUGCUAGGUCACCGAAGCUUGGCCGACACAAGCCAACCAGUUCUGUCACUGCUGCUUCUGCAGAUGGCUCUGUCUCAUGUGAGAGCCCACGGCGCACAACUAAUCCAGCCAAGGUAAACAGAGGUGUGGAAAAUAAUAAACCUCGGGUUACUGCUAGCAAACCUGGCCAGAGAUUGGUCACAAAAGCUCCCUCCCUAGCAUCUAUCACUGCAAAGGCUGAAACGAGACCUGUCGCUACAAAGCAGAAAACCUCCAAGACAAAACCAAAAGUUUCAAGAGAAAAGGUACAGCAGCUGCAAGAGAACCCAGUAGAAAUCCCCCCUGCAGAACCUUCUGCCUUGGAAGGGCUUGCUGCUGAACCAAGUGUUGAAGAUGAGACAGGACUUGGCUCGACUGCCCCUCCGGUCACUUCAAAUGAGGUACUGGUCCAUGGCUGAUCUGUCGCGCAUUUUUUUUAUUUUCGUCCUUGCAGUCCUGUGAAUAGUGAGGUGUGUGCUUCUUGGAAAGUUGAAUCGCUCAAAGUAUCGUGGAAUUAUUAUUUCUGUAGUAGCUAUCUUUUUUCUUCAGCUUCUCAUUGAGCAUGCGGUGUAUAUUGCUUGAAAAUUUCAUGUUCAAACUUUUGAGUUCUUGUGUAUAUUGAAUUUGUACGUGGGGAACAUGAAUGCAACUUGUGGAAUUCAUUUGUGUUCAGAAAUUCGUAUCAGUUAACUUUUUUACCAUCUUAA